UAUCUGGGAGUUCCUUGUAAAAAAAUACAUAUUUUUGAGCAGAUUUUACUAGGAUAUUUGCGGACAGCUAAAUUCCAGAGGUCGGGUCCUCAUCCUCCGGUGUCAUUGGUGAAUGACCGAAGAUGUCUCACAGCAGGUUGUUUGCCAGGCUGCUCUUGCAGCACAGUGGAGUCAGGCACUGUUAUACGGGAACAAGACAGAACCUCUACAUCACCAAGGACACAAAGGUCAUCUGCCAAGGAUUCACCGGGAAACAGGGAACGUUUCACAGUCAGCAGUCUCUUGAUUAUGGCUCCCAGUUGGUCGGAGGUGUUUCCCCUGGUAAGGGUGGUAAGACCCACCUCGGCCUGCCCGUCUUCAACUCAGUCAAGGAGGCAAAGGAGGGCACAGGGGCACAUGCUACCGUGAUUUAUGUACCUCCUCCGUUCGCGGCAGCUGCCAUCAUCGAGGCCAUUGACGCAGAGAUCCCCCUCGUGGUUUGCAUCACUGAGGGCAUCCCCCAGCAGGACAUGGUGAGGGUCAAACAUAGGCUGCUGCGCCAGGGCGCCACCCGCCUCAUCGGCCCCAACUGUCCAGGAGUCAUCAACCCUGGAGAAUGUAAGAUCGGGAUCAUGCCGGGUCACAUCCACAAGAAAGGAAGAAUUGGCAUCGUGUCUCGAUCGGGAACCCUGACGUACGAAGCUGUACAUCAAACCACACAAGUCGGUCUGGGACAGUCUCUCUGCAUCGGUAUUGGCGGCGAUCCAUUCAAUGGUACAAACUUCAUAGACUGUCUGGAGGUGUUCCUCGCGGAUCCCAAGACGGAGGGCAUCAUCGUCAUCGGAGAAAUCGGAGGCGAUGCAGAGGAGAAUGCAGCAGAAUACCUCAAACAGCACAACUCUGGUGCUAAUGCGAAGCCCGUGGUGUCCUUCAUCGCGGGGCUCACCGCUCCUCCCGGCCGCAGGAUGGGCCACGCCGGGGCCAUCAUCGCUGGUGGAAAGGGAGGAGCCAAAGAGAAGAUCGCCGCCCUCCAGUCGGCGGGAGUCAUAGUCAGCAUGUCCCCGGCCCAGCUGGGCAGCUCUAUGUUCAAGGAGUUCGAGAAGAGGAAGAUGCUGUAAAUUCUGCAGGAAGGAGCUCGACGAGUCAUCCCCUGCCCCCGAAAUUUAGAUGAGCAGCCUGGUUCUGGAGGUGGACAUGUCCUACACUGUCUGCACACCCUGAAUAUUACAACUACCAAGCGCACACGCAGUGUUUAUAUUGUAAUUUCUGCCAUGACGAUGUACCUUGCACAUAGCGAAAGACUAAAAGAUAGUGUCUUAAUGGUGUGCUAAAUAACUCAUUGUAUACAAGUCAAAGCUUUAUAGAUGUUUUUCUCCUCCUCCACACAAUGAAGGGAAGAUGCCAUUGUAAUCUUGGUGACCUGUCGGGUUCUGAUAUACUCUUGUAAGACAUAUUCCAUCACAUUGUUCACCGGCUGUCCACCUGAAUAAGAAAUAUCUCUCAUACCCUU